GUGCCCGACGCGUCGUGAACCGCGUAACCAGCGCUCCCGACCGCUGCCCAGAUACUGACAUACAUCGAUACUUACUGCUCUCACUAACCUGUACCCACCACACUAUCCUACGGCACGAUGCCUUCGCCGCCGAUCCAGCUCUUCCUCACCACGAUCGUCUCCUCUACUCAGCUCCGUCAACGGCAAGAAUACAUCUUGCGCAUUCUCCAAGUGAAGAAGAUACCAUUUACAUCCUAUGACCUUGCUUCAGACGAGGAUGCGAAGAAAUUGUGGCGGAGGAAGGCUCCCAAAGACAAGCAGCAGAUCCCCGGCAUUCUGAUUGGUGGAGAAUAUCCAGGAGAUUUCUCAGCGUUUGAAGAAGCCGUCGAGUUCAACGAGCUCGACCAGUUUUUGCGACUCAGCGAAGACUACAAUCCCUUCGAAGACGAGAAAGAACUACUCCCAUCCCAACCAAUCGGCGUACCCGGAGCAUACUCGCCCGCGCAGAUGCACCCCCACCACCAAGCUACCCCAUCACCACAGCCAUCGCCCCUCAAGAACAAGCCAGUGAAUAAGAGGGGACCGAACGAGGUUGACGCGGGCGAGGAGCUCGGCGAUGCGCGGUUAGCCGGCGUGAAUGUUACGGAGGACGACCUUCUGGCAUUGGUGUCGGAGUUGGGCCUUGGAGGAGACGAGGCGAACGAUCUGGUGAAGGGAUUGACAGGUGAUGGUCCGUCUGAGCAAUUGGAGAAUGUGGCGAAGGACGAGAGCGAGCAGAAACAGGAGCAGGUGGAACAGAAGAGCGAAGAAAAGAAGGCGGAUACAGAGUUAGAGAAACUGGCAGAGAAGCCAACGGAUGCGGCACAGGAGCAGGAGACAGAAGUGAAAGCAACGAACACCUCGACUGACCCUCCAGCAGCUGACAGCAAGUCGGCAUAGGUAUACCCACAGUAACUUAGACACUUCGCACUUGCUAGGGAUACGGAUGUACAUGAUCAUCGGACUCUGAUGAAUGCGGUACUGAGGACGGUC